ACAUUCAAACUCAAGCUAGGCAUCAGUGGUUAUAAUAAAUAAUGUUCUCCCAAAAAGUGUUAGUUUUUGCAGUGCUAAUCGUGUUGGUGUCGAUGGUGGCAGCAAAUCCAUUGCAGCGCGAUUGGGCCAAUAUAAUGGUUCUACAGGAGUUCUGCGUUUUACAAGGCGGCGUGUGCCUUCCUGUUGAUGACUGCGAGCCUCAGAACCUCGUCCGAACGCAAUUGAGGGGCCUCCUAUGUAGCAAGCAGAGUGGACUUGAAUGCUGUUAUCAAUCUUGACGUCGAGGAUCUGCCUAAAUUUCCGCCUUAAUUUAAGAAGAUUUAUUUAAGUAACUUUAAUGUAAUAUUAUAAGAUAAAAAUGUCGCGAUAAGAUGAUAUAUUUUUAUCAUUAUAUAAAUAUAUAUAUACUUAAGUAAUAGUUAAGUUUUAUAAAAAUGUUAUACUAUUAGCUGUUUUGUUUUCUUUACGUUUUUACUAUUCAGUACUUAAUUUCAAUAGCUUUUGUUUGACUAGCUUCAUAAUCUUUUAUUUAAGAAGUUAUUCAGCGAAACUCAUCCGGUCAUUAUAUCAUGAACGAAAUAA